UCAUGAUAUAUAUAUUCAUUUCAAGAUUCAAAUUCCCCUUAUUCAGAUAAUCUUAUAUCAUUUCAUAACUUUACUAUAAUAUUUAUAAUUAUAAUUAUCUCAACUACACUUUUUAUAUUAAUAGAUAUUUUUAAUAAUAAAUUUAUUAAUCGAUUUCUCUUAAAACAUCAUACUAUUGAAAUUAUUUGAACUAUUAUUCCAACAAUUAUUCUUUUAUUUAUUUGUUUUCCAUCUUUAAAAAUUUUAUAUUUUACAGAUGAAUUAUGAAACCCAAUUUUUUUUACAGUAAAGAGUAUUGGACAUCAAUGAUACUGAAGAUAUGAAUAUCCUGAAUUUAAUAACUUUGAAUUUGAUUCUUAUAUAAAUAAAAACUUUGAAUAUAAUUCUUUCCGAUUAUUAGAUGUAGAUAAUCGUAUAAUUAUUCCCUUUAAAAUCUCAAUUCGAAUAUUAACUACUUCUACAGAUGUUAUUCAUGCUUGAACUAUUCCUUCUAUAGGAGUAAAAAGAGAUGCAACCCCAGGUCGAAUUAAUCAAAUAAAUAUUCUUGCUUUACGACCUGGACUUUUUUUUGGUCAAUGUUCGGAAAUUUGUGGUAUAAAUCACAGAUUUAUACCUAUUGUUUUAGAAUCUACAUCUUAUAAAAAUUUUAUAAAUUGAAUUAAAAAUUCUACUUAAAGAAA